AUGGAACGAAAUAUACGCAAGAAGGAGCUCGAAGUGCAGCGUCGGAUGCAGGAAGAAAAAUUAAAGCAAGAGCAAGAACUGCUAAACGCUCAGUUGGAAACUGAGCAAGAGUUUUUCAAGCAGCGUGAUGCCAUCCGUUGCAAGAUGAACAACAGUCUUCAGAAUGUUCAGUCGUGGAUGGACGAGGAAGCUGCUGUCGGUGGUACGUCGGAGCAGAACAAGAAAGUUGAUUCUUGGCUGAAGCAGCAAGAGAAGGACGUAACAAUUCCCGCAGCAGAUAUUCGCGGUGCGUACAAUAAGGGUGGGAAACCGAUUGUUACCCCGGUACUAAAAGGUGCGGGAAGUCGCUGUUCCGGAAAAAGUUUCACACCAGUCAACGAAAAGGUAGUGGAUGAGGUUUCCGAGGAAGACAACUCUGAUAGUUCUGAAGGUGAACCAGAUGAAAACAUAAGCGCGGGUAGACAUUCGCGAAUUGCGAACGGAAAUUUCGGAACGCGCGGAUCAGAGAUAUUUAGCGCCUUUAGAGAGCAAGCUGUUCCAAGUGAAAUUGGCAGAAGUCGCUAUGAAUCGGAAGGGCAAGUAUUUCGGCUAACCCGAGAGCAGAUUGCCACGAGGAAGGUGGUAUCCGGAAAUCUGCCGAAGUUCAACGGAGAUCCGGAAACAUGGCCACUGUUUAUUAGCAGUUUUGAAAACACAACCAGGGCUUGUGGUUACUCAAACAUUGAGAACCUGGAUCGUUUGCUGAAUAGCUUGGGAGGAGAAGCGCUCAACGCCGUGAGAAGCAUGCUGAUACUUCCUGAUUCCGUGCCGGAAGUUAUUCGGGAUCUUCGCAGAUUAUUUGGCCAGCCGGAGAAGUUGCUAAAAAUGCUGCUUAAUAAGGUCAAGAACGCUCCACCGCCAACAACGGUAGAUCUAAAAACCUUCGUUAGGUUUGGUAUAACGGUCAAACAGCUCUGCGACCAUCUAGAAGCAGCUCGGCUUCGCGAUCAUCUUCGUAAUCCGCUUCUGGUGCAGCAGCUCGCCGAAAAACUGCCCCCAGAAUAUCAAAUGAAAUGGAUAGAAUACAAGCGCGGCAAGAAAGGAACACCACUGCGACUGUUCACGGAUUACAUAACAGAUAUUGGUGAUGUCGCUUCCGAAGCAGCAGCAUAUUCGUCGACAGUAAAUGACGUAGCGCGAUACUCCAAGGUUAAACCAGCCAGAAAGAAGGAGUUUGUACACGUUCAUGAUUCGGCAUCGAAACGAGAAGAGGGAGUGCAAUUGGAAAGGGUUAGCAAAGCUUGUUGGAUUUGCAAGCGAACAGAUCAUCGGAUCAGGUUCUGCGACGAUUUUCGGAAGAUGAAUAUCGUGGAGCGGUUGAAAGCAGUAGAUAAACAGAAGUUGUGUGGCAUUUGCCUCAAUAGGCACGGUGACAAUCCCUGUGGCUCUAAGGUUCGAUGUACGGUGAAGAAUUGCAAGGGGAAUCAUCAUACACUUCUACAUCGCGUUGAAGAAUCCGUACAGCUACAGAGGGUGGAAUGUAAUGCACACAGAGAUGCAGAUCGUUCAGUCAUAUUUCGCAUGGCGCCGGUGACGUUGCACUAUGGAAAGAAACGUUACGAAACACUAGCGUUUAUGGACGAGGGUUCGUCCACCACAUUAAUGGACGAGGCAAUCGCGGAGAUACUGAAAGUGGAAGGCGAGCUUGAGCCGCUGAUCGUAACCUGGACAGGUGACAUCAACCGUUUCGAGAAUGGUUCCCGGAAAGUCGACUUAUUGCUGUCGGUGAAAGGAUCAAAGGAAAAGGUUCCGUUAGAGAAUGUUCGCACUGUUUCCGAGCUCUUGCUUCCUAAACAAGAUAUGCGGUUUGCAGAUGUAGCGAAGCACUAUCCGCAUUUAGCGGGAUUGCCGGUAAAGGAUCUUCUCGGAGGACAAGCGACAAUUCUAAUCGGCUUGGAUAACCUACAUCUAUUUGCGCCGCUGGAGUCACGAGUCGGUAAACAGAAUGAGCCGAUCGCCGUGCGGUCAAAGGUUGGAUGGACGGUGUACGGACCAGAGAAGCGGAAGCCUAGCGCUAGCACCUUUCUAAAUUUACACACAGUUGCAUCGGUUAGUAAUCAGAAGCUUCAUGACUUGAUGCGGAACCAGUACGUUUUGGACGAUGUGGGUGUUACAUCAUUCGCCAUACCGGAGCCGAAGGAGGAGCAACGAGCAAAGGCAAUCCUGCAAGCGACGACUAAGCGUGUAGGCGAACAGUUCGAAACCGGGCUACUGUGGCGAGAUGACGUUCGGCGAUUCCCUGACAGCUACUCAAUGGCAUUGCGAAGAAUGAAAGCACUGGAACGAAAGCUGGAGAAGGAUCCAGUAUUGAAGCAGAUUGUGUGUCAGCAGAUAAGCGACUAUCUGGCGAAAGGAUACGCACACAAAAUAACCAACGCAGAAAUUACAAACACACCAAACUCUGCAGUCUGGUAUUUACCAGUUAACGUGGUGUCGAACCCGCGCAAGCCAGGAAAAGUGCGACUGGUGUGGGACGCAGCCGCUUCGGUCGGAGGAAUUUCUUUGAACUCGGAGUUAUUGAAAGGGCCGGAUAUGUUGAUACCCCUUCCACGGGUCAUUUGCCACUUUCGAGAGCGUCCAAUCGCGUUUGGAGGAGAUAUACAGGAAAUGUACCACCAGAUUCGAAUCAAAGACGAGGACAAGCAAGCGCAACGAUUCUUGUUUAGGCCUGACCAAGGGGAAAUGCCACAGGUCUACGUUAUGGACGUUGCUACCUUCGGUUCCACGUGCUCACCCUGCUCCGCGCAGUUUGUAAAAAAUCUAAACGCGGAACAUUUUAUGGAAAAGUACCCGGAGGCAGCAGCAGCUAUUGUUAAGAAACACUAUGUAGAUGAUUACUACGACAGUGUAGACACAGUAGAAGAAGCAAUACAACGGGCUAAAGAAGUGAAGUAUAUACAUGCACAAGGCGGCUUCCACAUCAGAAACUGGGUGUCGAACUCGGUAAAGCUUCUAGAAGAGCUUGGUGAUCGUAGCUCGAACGGAGCAGUGCAUUUCAAUCGAGACAAAGGCACAGAGUACGAGCGUGUGCUGGGUAUUGUUUGGGAGCCAGCUGAAGAUAUCUUUUCGUUUGCUACUGUGUCAAAUGCAAAUUUCACGAAGGUACUGGAAGAAGGAGAAUGUCCAACGAAACGAAUAGUCCUCAGUUUCGUUAUGGCACAAUUUGAUCCAAUGGGAUUCAUCGGUCCCCUAACUGUACGCGGAAAGAUGCUGAUCCAAGAUCUCUGGAGAACCGGCUGCAACUGGGAUUCCAAAAUUGAUAAGGAGUCGCAUGAUAAAUGGCGACGUUGGAUAAAUAUGAUGCGAAACAUAGGGUCCUUUAAGCUGCCUCGAAGUUAUUUCGGAAAUGCCAAAUCGAACGAAAUAGACGAUCUGGAGUUACAUAUAUUCGCUGAUGCCAGCGAAAAGGCAUACGGCUGUGUGGCGUACUUCCGAGCGAUCGUACGAGACGAGGUAAGGUGCGCCCUUGUUAUGAGCCGUGCCAAGGUGGCUCCACUGAAGCAGACAUCAAUACCGCGUCUAGAGCUACUGGCAGCAGUUCUUGGAGCACGAUUGUCGAAAACAGUUAUCGAUAACCACAACUUUGGUAUUGGAAAAGUGGUGUUCUGGAUUGAUGCGAGCGUUGUGUUGUCCUGGAUUCGGUCUGACCAGUGCAGAUACAAACAGUUUGUUGGCUUUAGAAUUGGCGAAAUUCUUAGCCUGACAAAAUUGACCGACUGGCGGUGGAUACCAACUAGACUUAACGUAGCGGACCAACUUACUAAAUGGGGUAAAGAUCCGGAUAUGCACGCUGAUAGCGCGUGGGUCCAGGGGAUGGAAUUCCUGUACACGAACAAGCAGGAGUGGUCAAAGAAGGCACUACCUCCGGCUAAUACAACCGAAGAAUUACGCAUUCAUCUCUUGUUGCACGAUGUGAAGGUGCAAGCAGUUCUCAUCGAUCCUUCGCGCGUAUCUAAGUGGACGGUGCUUGUUCGUACCAUGGCGUCCGUAUUCCGUUUCAUCUCGAACUGUAGACAAAAGGUCAAGGGGCUACCGAUCGAAACACUGAAAGCGACGGACCGACAGGCGAAGGUUCGGUGUACGAAAAAUGUGGCUUGUGUCCGCGUGCCGUUACAGCAAGUCGAGUAUGAGAAGGCAGAGAAAUGUCUGUUUAAAAUGGCGCAGGCGGAGAGUUUCGUUGAUGAACUUAAGGUGCUGAAACGAAAUAAAGAUCGUCCAGUAAACCAAUGGUUAGCAGUUGAAAAAUCUAGUCCAUUGAGCAAGCUGACACCGUUGAUCGACGAAGCAGGCAUGAUUCGCAUGGAAGGCCGUUGCGAGCGAGCAGAUGAACUACCAUUUGAUCUGCGAUUUCCUAUAAUUCUUCCGGAUAACAACAGAAUUACCUACAUGAUCGUCCAAAACCUGCACGAAGAAUGUGGACAUGGAUACAGACUCAUGGUUAAAAACAAACUGAAGCAGCUGUUUUAUGUGGUUCACGUGGACGCAGUCGUGAAGAAAGUAUCGUCGGCUUGUAUAUGGUGUAAGCUUUGUGGGAGUUGA